AUGAGUAAAUUAUCUUAUUCAGAUGAGGAUAAAAAAAUUGCAAAACUAAAAACUAUAGUUUCUAUAUUAAAAUCUAUGGCACAAAUCAGAUAUAAAAACAAUACAUUUUUAAAUUGUAUAUGUGAAGAUAUUAUUAAUUCUAAAAUUAAUUAUACUAUCAAGGAAAUUACAAGCAUUUUACACUCAUUUGCAAUAUUAGGUUAUUAUUCUGAUUAUAUAAAUAAAUUAAUAAAGAUAUAUAUACCAGAUUCAAUUGUAAAUCAAAAAUUUAAUUAUUCUAUAAAAUUAAAUCUUAUGUGGUCUUUUGCUGUAUUCAAAAUAUUGCAAAACACACAUGCUAAAUAUGUAUUAAAUGAAGAAUUUGUUUCAAAACUAAUGUUAAUUGAUGAGAAAAAUAAAUUAUCUCAUCAGUUAAAGUUAUUAAAUAUUAAUGGAUAUGCACAAUAUGCACUCAAAGAUUAUUCUGGACCCUUUCUUAAUAAAAAAAUUGUACCAGAUAUUGUAAAUAUACGUUCAAAACAAAAGAAAGCAUAUGUUGAUGUACUUGAAGCAACAUUAAAAAAUAUGUUACCAUCUGCAUCUUAUUAUAAGAUGAAUAUAAAUACCAAAAUGGGAUUUAUUUUAGAUGCUGAAUUAUGUGUAGAUUUAAACUUUAAUUUUAUUCCUGUGGAUAAUGUUAAUCAAGAUGAAAAUUUCAUUAAGAUAGCUUUAAUAUUACUUGAUUAUUAUGAUAUGUGUUUAGAAGAUUUAAAUUAUAAUGGUUUAAUUAAAUUAUAUUCUCAUUUGUUAAAAUGUAAAAAAUAUAAAGUAUUGUGUAUAUCUUACCAAUAUUUUGGUAUGGAAGAUAAACUUGAAAGACGUGUAUCUUAUUUAAAACGUCAGUUAUGGAAAAAUUUUAAAAAGAUAUAGUAAUCAUCAACUCAUAUUAUGUAUUAUUUAAUAAAUAAAAAAAUUUUAAAAUAUAAUUAU